ACGUCACGUCGCUAGAGAAGAGUUGGAUCAUGCAGUAUCUUUUCAUGUAUUGCCGUAUUGGAGUCGUUAUGUCGCCGUUACGAGACAAUACACUCAGCAUGUCUUACUUUGAUCAUCCCUUUGUGCGUUACUUUGCGCAAGGAUUGUUGGUGUCUAUAUCAACAUCGGACCCUUUGUACUUCCACCACUCUACCAGUCCCUUACUGGAGGAGUAUGCCACACUGAUGAAACUGCAUUCACUUUUACCAAUGGACGUACGGGAACUGGCACGUAACAGCGUCAUCAACAGUAACUUUCCGUUGGAGAUGAAACGGAAAUGGUUGGGGGAUGACUUUCAGCUUAUCAUGAACCGUGGAAAUGACAUUCGGCGUUCUGGUGUAUGUGACGCUCGCUUAGACUUUUGCACUGGGUGCCUCAUACACGAGGAGACCGUGCUGAACCUUGUUCUUUCUCAGGUCUGCAAAAAGGGUGAGCAACCCCUGUCACUGUCUUUUCUUUCCACGAGAAACCCAACAAGAAUACCAACGGGAGCGACGCAGCAGUUGCGUGAUGCCCGGCGUGCCAAUUACACCGAUUGGCGCAUUAUGUACCCGCGAAUUGACAUUUUUAGGAACGAUACUCAGGUCCCCGCCACCGACGCAGUGGAGUUGCUUUGCGAUGUCAUCUCCCUCCGUAAAAAGUACAUCAACUUUCACGUUCGGGAGGUGGAUGUGAAUGUGGAGGAUGUCUUCACCGACUCCAAGUUUGAUGAAUCCAAGUGGGAGUACAACAGUUACUACGGCGUGUUUUUGCUUUUCCGCAUUGGCAAGUCUCCACCGUGGCCGAGUUUUAUUCCCCCUGUGCGGGAGUUUAUUCGCGAUGUGGCAACUGUGCGGGAGGCGGUCAUGAGCCACAGAGGCCUGCAGCACCUCGCUGAGCAGCGACUACAUCUGCUCGAGCGGAAGUUCCUGCUGCAUCUUUCGCUCAAUGUUUCCAAGGAGGCGGGGGCGAAGGAGGAGAAGGAGUGGAACAACCGCGACUUUUUCACCGCCCACAAAGUUGACACAAAUGUACAAACCGCAGCCGGCAUGAAUGCCCGAACACUUUUGGAGUUUUUUGUUGAAAAGGCCCUCCACCAUGGCCACGAUGUGGUCUUUGAGGAGGAUAAUCAGCCGGUAACACUGCGGCAGAUGCUUGAGCGGUACCAGAUUAAUGCCACACGUAUUACGGUCGACGAGUUGAAUCACCUUAUCAACUCCAAUUCGCAUAUUCGAACGAUAUUUCUGGAGGUGGACAAUUUGAUGAAAGGGCGAUACUUUGCGGAGCUGACCAAACGUACCCUGGAAUUGUACCAGGAGGAUGCCUUUAGUUUUUCAGAGAAUCGUCUUGUUAUUAGAGGAGAGUCUAAGGAUGAGUGGUGGAAGUUGGCGCAAUGGUUCGACCGCUACGGAAUGGCAAGCUCACAGAAUCGGUGGAUGAUUAAUUUGCCACGACAAUACCGCCGCCUGCGGCAAGAGGGAGCGGUACGGAACUUUGGCGAAUACAUCGAUAACAUUUUUCAGCCCCUCUGGGAGAUCAGUUUGCACCCGGCAGAGGACACCAAACUUCACUACUUUCUCACACAUGUGUCAGGGAUGGAUUGCGUGGGGGAUGAGUCUAAAAUUGAUCUUCCACUCACCGCGACAUAUCCACACGAUUGGGACAGUGACCUUAACCCACCAUAUAACUUGUAUCUUUACUAUUACUGGGCAAACAUCACCACAUUGAAUGAAUUUCGCGCCUCUCGCGGCUUAGGAACCUUUUCUUUUCGGCCGCAGUGUGGCGAGUCGGGCGGCGUGGAACAUCUCAUUGGCGGGUUUCUUCUCGCGGACGGUAUCAACCACGGCGUUACACUCAGUCAAAAUCCUGUUCUCGAGUAUAUGUAUUACAUUACCCAGCUAGGCGUGGCAAUGUCACCGCUGAGUAACACUGCAGCGGCUUCAGCAUAUCUGUCGAAUCCAUUUCCCUUGUUUUUUCACCGUGGUCUUAACGUUAGUCUUGCGACCAACGAGCCACUUUACUUUCAUUUUACUCGGGAACCGUUGAUUGAGGAGUAUUCCAUUGCCGCAAAACUUUGGCAGUUUGAAUUCAAUGAUCUCUCUGAGAUUGCACGGAACAGCGUUACACAGAGCGGAUUCCCUCCCGCAUGGAAGGAAAAUGCCCUGGGGAAGUUGUACUAUUUGAACUCGGCUCUCGGUAAUGAUGUGCGAAAGAGCCGCGUCUCGGAUAUCCGUGUUGCGUAUCGAUAUGAGGCAUAUCAAUCGGAGCUUAACUUUCUUUCCGGGCAGCUUUCUGGGGGAAGGCAAAUGCCGCGGGCGAUGCGUCUGCUGGAAGAGGAAAUUGCCAUUUACGAGGAGGUCAUGCGGACCAAAGUGGUGAUGCCAGCCGCAGGAGACGAGGACGACGGAAGGGAGGAGAUACGCAGCCCAGCGGUACGUGCAGUGCGGAUAAAGGCGGAGUUGGAUGCGUUGGAACGCGACAUGCAGCGGAUGAAGGUUCUUGCCAUGCAGAUGGGGAGCGAGAACCGGGGCAUCGUGGAGGCUUUUCACCGCAUCCGUGCGAGGCUAAAAACCGAGGGACUCACAGUGAUGGGAAAUCUCAAUGACUGCUUUGCACCACUGGACACAAAUGGCGCUGCAUCCGAAACCAUCAAUCGGGUCUCGGAGAAUUUCGUUAAGGAGGCCGCCUAA